CUUAUCUUGAACCUGAUGCUAUACCCUUGCGUUUGUACACCUCAUUCCAUCUGUAUCUCGGGAGAUUAUUGUUUCAUCCAACUCACCCACAAUCAUCGGGCCCAAGAUGUUACAGACCAUCAGCUACCAGGACCUUGAAGAUUUCAGCGGGCUUCCUGUUAUUCGGGAAAUUCUUGCUAGACGGGACCCGGGGUUCAAGAUAAAUGGAAUACCUAAGCUUGUUGAGCAGGACAAGGUCGAUGCACUGGUUAUGGAAAGCCUGCAUACCCUCUCCCAUGCAGUCUUUAAGAACUUGAGCCACGGAGUUGAAUUGCCAUGGGAGAAAUAUCUGGGCGAGAUGCACGAGUUCGCUGCGCCGGGGAAGGACGAGCUACGGGUUUUCCCUUGGGGGGAGUCGAUUGCUAACGAAUGGUCAACACUGUCAGCUGGAUCCAAAAUCAACGGCGACUUACUGCCCUCUGCGCCCAAUGACGGGAAGAGCCAUUGGCUUGUCUACUAUGUGCGACCAAAUCAGGAUGUCAUGUACACGAGAACUGCGGGGGCGUUGAUGACGCCGUUGAGCACACAGGAAUACGACUCACGGGAGCGAGUAAAGGAUUUGGCAGAAAUUGAUAAAGUAAUUUGA